AUGGACUUACGGCUCCACGUUGUUCGACAUGCCGAGGGCAUCCAUAACCCUAAGCAUGAUAUUUCGAUCCUGGAUCCUCCUUUGACGCCAAAAGGCGUCCAGCAAUCUGAAAUGCUUUCACAAAUGUUCCCUUUCAGUGAGAAUGUCGGUCUUGUCAUCACCUCACCACUCACACGGACACUGCAGACAAGUCUCAUCGGCUUCCAGCAAACGCUUGACGAGAAAUAUUACCCAGAAACAUCAGGAGGCGGACAGUUCAAUGGUGCACAGCUCUUGAUGUCUCCUGAUAUCCAAGCUCAUUCAGCUCGCCCCUGCGACACCGGCUCUGAUCAGGCUAUUCUGCGAUCUGAAUUCCCUCAUCUUCCGUGGGAUGAGCUAGUCUUUGACCCAGUGUUUCCUGCCAAAGAAGGACUGUACGCGCCAGAUCUGGAAGCGCUGGUUAAAAGGGGGCGAAGGUUCCAAAGACUCCUUGAGAAGGAGUUUGCGGCGUUGGCGAAUACUGGACGACCGGAUAUUGUCGUUGUUUCGCAUGGGGGAUUCAUGAAGCACUUCAUAUCAUAUGAGAGAUUGGCAUUUAAUCAAGCGGGCUGGAUGAGCUUUUCUGUACAGUUUGAUCGCGAUUCUAGAAUGACAUCGAUGAGAAUUUAG